AAGAGAGAAAGAGAAAGAGCAGAAACAGAAAGCGAGAACAAAAGAAAAGAAGUGAGAGAGCGUGGCUGAAAAGGCCUCGAAUCAGCAAAUUCCAUCCACGACAUUCACAAGAAGGAGAUCGAAUCCCCUUUACUCGACUUCCUGAAAGCCUGGAUCAACCUUGCGUACUGUAAGAUCGAUAAUAUAAACGAAAAAUAGAAAGAAAAGAAAUAAAGAAAAAAAAACAGGGAAAGAAGAAUGAAUAAAGAAAUAGCAAAACAGAAGGAGGAAAACCAGAGGAGGAAAGUUACACAGUAAGAUGAUGCAGCAAAAUAUAAAUAUAAUCACUUCGCAUCCUUUGCCUGGGCGUCCGAGGCUCACUUUCCUGAACGCUCUGCAGAUGGCGCCCCCCUUGCUCUUUAGGCGUUUAAGGUUCACGGUUCUGAGUAUCUUGUGUUUUAUGCUGGUCUUGUACGUCAGACCACGCCCACUGCCACGUACGCCCACGUCCCCACUUACCAAAGUUGUUAUAGAGAGGUAUGUAGAAGCAUGGACCCCCUUAGUGGACGAGCCCGUGAACGCCGUUUCCACAUUCGUCCACAACACCUCUCUAGCUGGACACGAGCUCAAGGAACAGCUGGUCCUCCUCGACCAACUCUUCCUCCUCAUGACCAACAUCACCAAGCCAUGCAGGAAACUCGUUCGACAAGGCGGGAAGUUGUGCCGAGGAAAACUGGAUGGUGAUAAGAAACUGUGUUUGGAUCCGUUCGUUCGCCCAACAUCUAACAGCUGUUUGGUGUAUUCGUUUGGCAUUGGCUAUGACUUUAGCUUCGAUGCUGCCAUGGGCAAAUAUGGCUGCCGAGUGUUUUCCUUUGACGAUGACGACGCGCAUGAGCUGUUAGACAGGAAUCCUUUCCCUAGAGUGAAAUUCCUUCGACUCCGCCUCGCAGCUGGCAGGGGCGUGAAGGUCGAGCGAAGCUAUAACCCAGCAACGAAGAGCGAAUACAUCUACUUGUACCGGCCGCUCGAUAACAUCAUGUACCUUCUCGGUCACCCUAAAGCCAACGUCGAUGUUCUGAAGAUCGACGUCGAUGGCCCUGAGUGGGAGAUCUUCGAGGAUUCGAUAUUCAAGACCGAUAUUCUAGAACGCACGAGACAACUUUCCAUCGAGAUUCACCUGAGCGCGUUCCUGGAUCCGCAAUUAGACACCGGUCUUCCUCUCACCCAGACACUUCGGAAAUACACGAGGGUGUUCAGAGGUCUAGAAGAUCGAGGAUUCCGCCUGACGCACUACGAACCUAAUAUUUUUUAUUCGAAGUUUGUUAAGUUCGCUAGCAAGACUUUUAACGCCUAUUAUGAAUUGCUUUUUGUAAAUACACAACUAAAGAAAAUGAAAAAGAGUGAACAUGUGGAAAUAAGUGACGACAUCUUCAAGGAAAUAGAAUUUGAUUAGAGUAUAUGGAGUUGAAAUAAAUACUAAAGGUUGA